UGCUGUUAGCGUCUGGAAAAGUCACCGGCUUGCCUGCACUCAAGAUUGUUCGUCCGUUGUCAAUAAAAACCAGGUAAUUUGCGAGGAUUUGAGUGUCUUCUUUCUACCUUUCUUUGUUGUGAGGAUGUCUUCUGAAGAGACACUUAGCGACGGUAGAGUGAGGGGGAUGGUUGAGGGGGCAGAGAGUAGGGAUUUGGGGGUGCGGUCGAACAUUCUGGAGAGAGAAGAUGGGAGAGAGCCGUGUUUCAACCCUGAGGAGGAAGUUGUUAGUGAGGUGGCAGGAUAUGAAACAACUUUGGAGAAUAGGGGUAGUUUGGCCCACUUGGUUGAGAACUAUGGGGUGCCCGGUCGUGUGUUGGUGAGGCCGGCGGGGAGUAGAGAGAGGGCGUGUUCGGCCCCGGGGGACCAUUGGAUGCCUCUCUACUCCCAUUACCUAGCAGCUGGGUUGCGGUUCCCUCUCCCAGACCUGCUGGUGUGGUUGUUGUUGGAGUAUGGUCUGGGGCUAACGCAACUCACCCCCAAUGCCGUGAGGUUAGUGGUGGCGUUUGCAAUGUAUAGCCGAAGUCGGGGGGUAAGUUUUCCCACUGCUAACGUAUUCAAGUACUUUUAUGUCUUGAACGCUGGUAGUGGGUGGAAAGAUAAGUUCUUUUUUGCGGAUGACACGGAGUGGGAUAAGACUGAUGCUGAGGUGGAGCACUUGAGUCGCUGGAAGGCGAAAGGGUUAAACCUCAACGAGUAUAGUCUGACCCCGGGGGAGAUAGAGGAUGUGGAGGAGUUGGAAAGGGGGGAAGAGAUGAACAAGUUUUUGGACGCGGCCGGUGGAGCUGGAAUUCCAAAUAAGGGAAGAGGGAAGAGAAGCGAGGUCAAGAGGCGGGGGGAGGAAACUUCAAUGCCUCAAGCCGAAGUGGGAAACUUGGCCAUUUCUCAGCCUGGCCACGUUGGAGGUGAAGUGACAGUGGCUGAGGAAGGGCCCAUUGUUGCGAAGAGGAAAAGGUUCGAGCAACAAGAGGUCAUGGAGGAGAUACCGGAGCCUGAGCCUGUGGCGGCGCCCCUUCGCCUAGAAGGGACCUCGUCAGCUUCGGCUGCUGAGUUCGCUGCUGCGCUCCGAGAGCAAGGAUACAUCCGAGCGCCCACAACAAGCUUCUAUGACUCCGGGAUGAGGAGCACAGCCAAGAGGUUUAUCAACGCCUAUUUCCCGGAGGUGGACCGCCAGCGCGCGAAGGACGAGGUGGCCGCCAGAGGUUCAGUUGGCGUUGUUCGUCAGGCGCUGGAGGCUGUUAACCUCGUGAAUGCUUUGGCCAAUGAGCAUCACGAGAGUUUAAAAGAGAGGAGUCAGAUGAAGAAGGAGAAUGUCGAGCUUGUUAAGAAGGGCGAGGCUGCUGAAGCCGAGGUGGCGAGGUUGAAGGCGGAGAUGGAGGAGCUUCGGAAGGAAAACGCCACCCUCAAAAAGGAAUCGGAGAUCUCGUACCAAAAAAGGAAGAUAUGCGAGGCCGAGUUGGAGAGGAGGGAGAAGGAGGUGGAGGAGGCGGGGAAGGUGGUGGCUGAGUUGGAGCUCAAGGUUCACAACUCGGUUGAGGAGCAUGUGGAGGGGUUCCUGAGGUCCAGCACCUUCGAGGACAUCGUCAACCUCUACCGUCUUCCCACUGCCAUCGUGGCCUUCUCUGACUGCCGGAAGAAGGUGAAGCUGCAAUAUCCUGCUGUGGAUGUGACGAAGAUCACCUUCGGAGAGCAGGAAAGGGAGGUGGAGGAAAAUGGAGAGAGCAGUACUGCUGACUUCCGCCCGGAGGUAACACUGAAGUGGGAGAAGGACAGUAGGGGUCAAACCAUUUUGCCUCCCAAGUUCAGUUUUGAAUUUGUGGUGGUGGGCGAGGAAGACGAAGGCGACGAGGUCACUGAAGGUGCUAAAAAGCCAGCUAAAGGUGCUGACCAGCCAAAUCAGCUUGUUGAUAACCCCGAGCAGCCUGCGGCUAGCCCGAGCCAAACCGUUGACUAGAUUUGGCCUCGGGUUUUUUUUUUUUUUUUUUGAGAGAUAUUCUUUGUAAUCGAUUGGAAAUUAAUGGAAUGAAUUUGAUUUUUUUUU